AUGUCGCAGACGGGAACCAUUUCGAGCCUUGCUUCCCUACCGUCACCUCGAACGCCCGCUCCUGAUGGCGACGUCUUCAGCACCGACCAAUGGGACAUCCUGUUCUCGAUUGUCGAGGUGUUCAUACCGUCUAUCCCCGCCUCGGAAAUCGAUGCGGCUGUCUCUGAGCUGAAACCGUACUUGCCAGAGGAUGCCUCCGAGGAGACGGCGAGAGCAUAUCUGUCCGAAGAUGCAACCAAGAGCGACGUCUUCAGAGAUGCCGUCGUCCGAAAAUUCAAGCUUCACGUCCCACCUUCAGAUGUACAGGGCCUGGCUUUCGUCCUUUCCCUGUUCAAUACGAGACUGGGCUCCUAUCUGCUCACCGGCUACACGACGCCGAUCCACAAGCAAGACCUCGAGACCCGCACCAAGAUCGUCUGCCAGUGGUCCCGCGCGCGACUGCCUCUCCUUCGCGCCAUCUACAGGUCGCUGAAUGGACUGGCUAGGCAAGUCUGGCUCGCCACUUCAACCAGUCUACCAAGGCUGCUUGACUUCCCAGCUACUCCCAAACACAUCGAGCGCAACCCGAGCUACGAAUUCAAGUUUCACGACUUUACCUCUCCGUCAACUUCCACGACACUGUCCGCCGAUGUGGUGGUUGUCGGCUCUGGCUGUGGCGCCGGGGUGGUGGCGUCCCAUCUGUCUCGCGCCGGAUUGAAAUGUAUAGUUCUCGAGAAAUCCUACCACUUCCCUUCGACGCAUUUCCCAAUGUCCCAUGGCGACUCGGGCGAGCACCUCCUGGAGAACGGCGGCAUGAUAGUCUCCGACGACGCGUCCAUGGGGAUCCUGGCAGGGAGUACCUUUGGCGGCGGCGGCACGAUCAACUGGUCAGCUUCCCUGCAGCCUCCAUACGCUGUCCGCGAGGCAUGGGCAUCCGACGGUCUGGCGCACUUCGUCGGGCCCGAAUAUCAAGACUGUCUGGACACCAUCUGCGAACGCAUGGGCGUGGCCAAGUCGACGGACCUGGAGGCCCUCGGGAAGAUCGAGCACAACUUUGCGAACCAGACGCUCCUGGAAGGCUCGCGCCGGCUAGGCUUGGACGUCCGGAUCGUGCCCCAGAACACGGGGUCCAAACGGCAUUUCUGCGGCUACUGCACGCACGGCUGCGCAGGUGCGACCAAGCAAGGUCCUGCGAACUGCUGGUUCCCCGACGCCGCGGCCCACGGCGCUCAAUUCAUCGAAGGCUGCUGGGUCGAGGAAGUCACUUUCGCAGACCAACAACCCGGCGGCGCCGCCACCGCCACCACCACCACCACCACCACCCGAACCGCCACGGGCGUGAAAGCGACAUGGACGUCCCGCGACCGCGCAACCACCCGACAGCUGACCAUCUCGGCCAAACGCGUCAUCAUCUCCGCGGGGACACUACAAUCGCCGCUCGUGCUCCUGCGCAGCGGGCUGAAGAACCCGCACAUCGGCUCGCACCUGCACCUGCACCCGACCAACACCGUGUGGGCGACGUGGCCACACCGCACCAACCCGUGGGAGGGCGCCAUCCUGACGGCCGCGAUGACGGGCCUCGACAACCUCGACGGCCACCACCACGGCGUCAAAGUCGAAGUCAUAUGCUCGACCCCGGGGCUCGGCCUGCUGACGGUGCCGUUCCGGGCGCACAAGUCGUUGUCGGCCCUCGAUUCCCCCGCCACCGCCUCAGAUCCGCUCGCCAGCGCGGUCGAGUACCGCGUCAACGCCGCCAAACACGCCUUCUCUACCGGCUUCGUCUGCAUCGCCCGCGACGCCGACACGGGCCGCGUGUACCUGGACCCCAAGGACGCGUCGCGCCGCCGGCCGCGCAUCGCGUACACGCCCUCGGCGCGCGACUGCCGCUCCAUCCUCGAGGGCGUGGUGGCGGGUCUACGCAUCGCCUUCACCAUGGGCGCCAUUGAACUGGAGCCCAACCACCCCGAAGCCACGCGGUGGGUGCGGCCUAGCACCACCACCACUACCAAGACGGCGCAUGACGACGACGACGACGACGACGAUGACGACGACGACGACGACCAGACGAGCUUCGACAACUGGAUCGCCGACCUGCGCCGGCUCGGCUUCAGCGCCCCGGACCCGUGCACGGCGGGGAGUGCCCACCAGAUGGGGUCGUGUCGGAUGAGCGGCUCGGCGGCCACGGGCGUGGUCGACGCGCGCGGCAGGGUCUGGGGCACCGACGGCCUGUACGUCGCGGAUGCGAGUGUGUUUCCCAGUGCGAGCGGCGUGAAUCCCAUGGUCAGCACGAUGGGCAUGGCCGAGUGGAUUUCGAGGGGCAUAGUGCGGGAGCUGAGCAAGGCACAGUAA